UCUUCGAUACCUGCAGAACUCUUGGUUUUACAUGACUAAGAAAAUAUAUUUAGUGUGUUUAAAUAUGUUGUUUAGAGACAGAUGUUUUGAUUUUGGUGGUACUAUGGAAACCGGUGUGUUCUUUAUUUUGUUUUUGUGCGCUUUUUGUGUACGAGUGACGGAAGAAAAGUUAUUUAUAAAAUAUUCAAACGUAUGCGUACCCCCAAAAGGAGACAUUUGCGUGGCAAUAAGACAAUGCCCUUACUUCAACGAUCUACUCGAUAACAGUCCCAUCCCACGCCCGAGGAACGUCAUCACAAUCAUCAGAGAUCACCAAUGCGGUUUUCGACGCAACAUGCCCUUCGUCUGUUGCAAUCGACCAACGACUGCAGCACCAGAGACUACCACAGAAAUCACAACUCAACCUCCUGUUAAUAAUAAUUUAAACAGAUACCCUGAUCCACCUGUUACAAUUGAUAGAUUUUCUGAUCCAUUGCCACAUCAUCGAAACUAUCAUUUGCUGCCGCAGGAUAUUUGUGGCGCUAUAAAGACGGAUUUUAGAAUUACUAAUGGAGAUAAAGCGUCGCUGAAUGAGUAUCCAUGGAUGGCGUUGCUUUUUUACAAAAGUUCAGAUGGAGUAGUUGAUUUUAGAUGUGGAGGUACACUCAUAAAUGAGAGAUACGUAUUAACAGCAGCACAUUGUGUAUUAAAUCAACCAAUCUUUGGUGUACGUUUAGGAGAAUACGACGUAGAAACUCAAACAGAUUGUGAGUCAAAUACUGGAUAUUGUGCUCCUCCAACGCAAGACUUUAUGAUAGAAAAGAUUGUAAUCCAUCCUAGUUACAAUGCAAAAAUUUUUUCAAACGAUAUUGCAAUUAUUAAGCUCAAAGGAGAAGCAAACUUCCAUUACGAAAACGUGCAACCAAUUUGCUUACCAGUGGAAUCAGAAUUGACGAGUCGCUCGGCUAUCGUGUCUGGAUGGGGAGUAACUGAAGAUGGUUACAAAAGUCAAGUAUUACUAGAAGCUCGCUUACCAAUUCUACCACUGUCUGACUGCCAAAAACUGUACAAAAGUUUUGCGUCGAUUACGCGAAACCAAAUCUGUGCGGGAGGCGUAAAGGGACGAGAUACCUGUGGGGGAGACAGUGGGGGACCACUAAAAGAUAUAGGUGAUGUGAAUGGAAGUUCGAGGUAUAUCCAAUAUGGAAUUGUUUCAUUUGGACCGAGAUUUUGCGGAGCAGAUGGAAAGCCCGGUAUAUAUACCAAAGUUUCGAGUUAUAUGAAUUGGAUUUUGGACCAUUUGGAAGAAUAUUAA